AUGGCUCGACGGGCUGCUGACCGAGAGGAUCCGCAGAACGAAGCUAAGGGUCUAUUGCAGCAAGUCCGGGAGGAAUUUAGUAGAUGGAGGCGUGAGCAUGGCCACCGGUCGUCCGAACCUGAAGCGCCCCUACUGCGCAACCCCUUCACGGCAGAUAUAAUGAGCCUCCCCUACCCUCACGACUUGCGAAUACCGGGGAGUAAAGGCUACGACGGAAAAACCGACCCGGAAGAACACAUUAACUCCUACUAUGGAAACAUGCUGAUGAUGGGAGUAACCGAUGCAGUAAUGUGUCGAGCGUUUUAUUCAACCUUGACAGGGAGGGCAGUAGACUGGUUCAAAACAUUGGAGCCCGGUUCGAUUGCCUGUUUUGCGGAGUUGGCGAAAAGUUUCGUGCACAAAUUCGCCACCUCCAAAGUAGUCCGGAAGCACUUCACCUACCUGGAAAAGGCCAAAAAACUGGAAGGCGAGUCUCUGACGGACUUCCUCGUCAAAUGGAAGGCAGCGAUCGGCGAGGUCGAACCCCUCGACGACCGGACAGCGACCAACGUGUUGCAUUCCAACUUGCGUGCUGGGGCCCUAUACCAGGAAUUCAUCCUACACCCUCCAACUACCUACGAUGAGGCAAUCCAAAGGGUAACUGACUACGCUAAUGCUGGUGAAGCCAAUUUCGCCAAGCGCCAACAAGAGGCCGGUAGCAGCCGAAAACCGCAGGGCCGACAGGAGGACGGGAGGUCGGAUGGCAGAUCCGGCCGAGGGCGAGGAAGAGUACCCGACUUUACCCCCUUGAACAGACCGGCAGUCGAUGUCCUUCGAUUUGCCCAGUCCUGCAACAUGAUCCAGCUGCCGGAACCGCAGCGCGAGGGUCGCGACAAGACAAAGUAUUGCGCGUACAAUCGCAGCAAAGGGCAUGAAACGGAAGACUGCACGACCCUUAGGCAAGUCAUAGAGGAGUUGUUACGAUCGGGAAAGCUCACUGAGUUCACCAACAAAAAGGACGAGAAAAAAUCGUCUUGGAAAAACCCGUUCAAAAAAUCGAAUAAUAACAAAAAAGACAAAGAUCACGACCGGGACACCGAGCCCCGACAGUCGACUGGAAAACAGGUCAUCCACGUCAUAUUUGGUGGCCCGGAGGGAAGUUCCAAUGCCCGGGAGAAACUCCAAAUCGGACUGAUAGGAUCAGAGCCUAAUGAGAAGAGACAAAAGAUAGAACCAAUCACGUUUACCCCGAGCGAUAUGCCCGAGGGAGAGGAUUGCAACACUGAAGCAUUAGUCGUCACAAUAGACAUUAUGGGGAUCGACGUCCAACGUGUCAUGGUGGACACGGGCAGCAGCGUGAAUGUCUUGUACAUGGACGUCUUCCAGAAGCUAAAGUUAGAACCGAUCGAGUUAACACCCAUCGGGACUCCCUUAUCUGGAUUCACUGGUGAUACUAUCCAUCCGGAGGGAAAGAUAACAUUGCCGGUAGAAAUGGGCAGCCGACCCCGGACGAUCAAAACCAUGAUGGAAUUCAUCGUCGUCAACCUUCGAUGCGUCCACAACGCUAUCUUAGGGAGACCGGCGAUUGUAUCGAUCGGAGGAAUUAUCUCCACGCCUCAUUUAUGCAUGAAAUUCCCGACCCCCGAAGGAGUAGGGGUUGUCCGAGGAGACGUUCGAUCAGCCCAGAAGUGCUACCAAAAGGCAACCGGCAGAAAGGAGGCCUGGAACUCCCAAGUAAACUCAAUCUCCAAGAAAGCGGAAGCUGAAAGGAAAUAA